AUGAACCAGUCGAACAGUGAACAGUUGAUCGCAUGUCCUGUGUGCAAUGUUAGAAUCAAGUACCAUUUAAUCAAUGAGCAUCUUGACAAAUGUACUGCACGUAAGACCGGCUCUAAGAAAGAGAACACAUUGAACAGUCUGUUAAAAGGCAAACGGAAGCAGCCUGAGCCUGAAGAAGUUGAAAUCAUCGAGCCAGCUCAUGAGGAUAGCAGGAAGCGCGCGAGAGAUGAUAGCCAGCCACCAACGCAGCAUUCUGAACAGCCAAAGAAACCACUGGUGGAUAGUAACCAAGACGUGAAGCAACUACAAAAAAUCAUCCAUCAACCUUUGAGCGAAAAGCUGCGGCCCAAAGAACUCAGCGAAUACGUUGGACAACAGCAUAUAAUCUCCUCUGAACAUGGAGUUUUGUACAAUUACGUGAAAGAAGGUGCUAUACCUUCAAUGAUCUUAUGGGGCCCACCUGGCGUCGGAAAAACAACCUUAGCCAGGCUUCUUACGAAGACUGUGAACACAAAGUUUCCACAUGGAGUCACGUACAUCCUGGUACAAACAAGUGCUACAAAGGCUACGGCUCAAGAGCUUCGCAAAAUAUUUGAAAACUCCAAACGGGAGUUCACACUCACCAAGAGGCUUACAGUGCUGUUUAUAGAUGAAAUUCACAGAUUCAACAAGGGCCAGCAAGAUAUUUUGCUACCACACGUUGAAGCGGGAGACGUGGUGCUGAUAGGAGCCACCACAGAAAAUCCUAGCUUUCAGCUGAAUAACGCUUUGAUGAGCAGGUGUCAGAUUUUUGUUCUCACCAAACUAAACAACGCAGAGAUGUGCGUGGUGUUGUCUCGCGGUAUAAGCAUGUUGAACAAAUGCCGUCAUUUGAUUUGGAAGGUGGGACACCCUUUAAGGCUGGGCAAAGAAGUACUCAAUUUCAUUGUUGAGAUUUCGAUGGGUGAUUCACGGCGCGCGCUUAAUCUGCUGGAGAUGAUAGAAGUUUCGACGCGAGAGAACCAACGUGAACUGAAUGAAAAGGCUGUGCGUGAAAUAAUCCAAGGGAACUCGAGCGAGUUGCGGACUUACUACGAUCGGCAAGGCGAAAAUCAUUACGACACAAUAUCCGCCUUCCAUAAAUCAAUUCGCGGUAGCGAUGAGAAUGCUGCGCUUUAUUAUUUAGCACGCAUGCUUCAAGGUGGGGAGGAUCCUUUAUACAUUGCGCGACGCAUGAUACGUAUUGCUUCCGAAGAUGUUGGAGUCUUGGACCAUUCUCUGUUACCACUUGCAGUUGCUGCGCACGAUGCAGUUAUGAAAGUUGGGCUCCCCGAAGCAGAUUUGGCUUUAGCGCAAUGUUCGGUGGCUUUAGCUAGGGCACCGAAAUCAGUACAGUUAUAUCGAGCCUGGAAAACAAUUAAUACUAAACUGCGAGAAAACCAAGAUCUAUUUGCCAGCUGCGGGAUCCCGAUGCAUUUGCGUAACGCGCCAACAAAACUGAUGGCAGAGUUGGGAUAUGCCAAAGAUUACAAGUACAAUCCGGAUUUCAAAGACGGAAAAGUAUCACAACAGUAUUUUCCUGACGAGGUACUGGAAAAGUGCGGGGACCAGGGCACGUAUUUUAUGGAUGGAGCACACCUGGGUGACAGGGAGGAUUCUGACCUUUAUAGAGAGAAAUUUUCGUAG